AGGAUCAAUAAAAAACUUUACUUAAUGUUUUGGUGAUAAAGUUCCAGGUAAUGGUUCUUUGUCAGCUGAAAGCAGCAGGUGAAUAAUUUGCAGGUUAUCUCAGUGGGUGAGCUCAUUGUUUACACACUCCUCAGCCUGAAUAACACAGCGGUCAUGAUCAUUUUAGUGUGUUAGAAGAGAAAAAAAAGAAGAGAAAAAAAUGAGAAAAUGUCUUGCAAACAAAACAAACCCCGACAUACGGAUAGAAACCAACGGAUCCUGUGGUCAAAGGUCUAAAAUGUCACAUGAUGGAAACUAGGAAACUGAGCUGUAGUUUUAAUCCACAGUCACUUCUUUUUUUUUUCCUUUGAGAAGAGCAGAUGAUUGUUUUUUCAGCUUCAGUGAGCGGACUUAUCGACGAUGAUAAGAAACUCCAAGGAACAGAAGGCAGAACGCCUCUAGCAUCGCAAGUAAUUUCAUUUCCAGAAAGUCUGCAAACAAACUAAAAAUGUAAAUCAAAAGAAUCUUAACAUAAAGCUCCACUUUGGCUGAAAUGAGGAAGUGUACACAGCUACAAUGGUCUGUUGUUUCCCUGCACAGACAAAAAUAAAAACCAAGGUCUUCAUCUCCAAAUGGCUUCCUUCAGUGUCAACCACAGCCUUUCCAAUGUCUCCACCAUCGAGGAUUGUCAAAACAAGAUCUCAUUGGACCGCUUCCUGCAUCUUUCACUCAUGCCAGCAGUGCUGAUUACAGCGGUGCUGUCGUUCCUCCAGAGACGAGCUCAGAGAAUUGCCUUUGACCUCAAGUUCCCUUUCCUAGAGGGACGUUUUGGCAUUGUGGUGCCUUUGGACACAAUGGGCAGCCUCAGUAACCGCUGGUCUUAUGGAUUUGCAUUUGGUGCCGUGUCGAGCAGCGUUCUGCUGCUCUUCUCUGAACGUUACGUCCCUUUCACUAUCGUGCCCUGGGCCCGACCCAUAGUGUAUCUGAUUGGAGCGUUAGAAGUGGGUCUGGUGUAUUUCCCUUUUUUUGCCUGCCUGUCGACACCAUUCAGAAUGACCGGGGCAGUGCUGGGAAUACUCUACUCUGUGGCCUGGAUCAUCAUCACAGUCUGGGACAUGGUAACCUGCCCUGGGGGCAAGAUUUUGGGUAAAUACCAGAAGAUAAUUGUCCAGUGGCCAUGUGUCCUCUCACUCAUCUUCCUACUGGGACGAUUCAUUUACAUACUGGUUAAAGAUGUUCGCAUACGUCUACAGCUGGAACCAGAGGACACCGAAGACCUGGUUGAGCAACAUCAAGCUCAACAUGUCAAGAGGCUGCUGAGAAAAACACCUGAGCUCCGUAAACCCCUCAGCUGGUUCCAGAGACGAGUGUAUGAAUGGGACCCCUUUUUCAAGUUUCCAAGCAGGAUCAUCGGCACUUCCAUCAUAUCCCUCAUAGGCCUGUAUACAAUGACUCUAGCAGACUACAGUCUCAGUGAUGCUAUAUUUGACCAAGCAGAAAACUGGAAGAAUGUUCUAAAAGACGUGGUCACUGCUUACAACCAGACUCUGGAAGACACAGUAUCACGGAUUGAGGAAUUCAUCUACGUGGCCAGGAAAACUUGGAUCGCCACCACCAUCCUUGCCAGUCUCAACUCUGUCGCUUACACCUUCCACGUUUUGUCCUGUUACAGGAAACACUUGAAGAGACUCUGGAGAGGACAGAAAGGUUUUCUUCCUGAAAAGUUUCACAAUCCUCAUUCUGCUGUCAGUGUAGCUUCCAUUGCAAGAUACUCUGGAUGGCAAAUAGCGUUUACUUUGUGGGGCUACUUUAUCGUCCAUUUUGUCCACUUCUUGGUUGCACUGAUGUUGGUCUACAUCUUUAUUCUUCCUGUAAAGCAUGGACAAACACUGAUCAUGCUGAGAAGCCUGGGCAUCAUUCUUCUGACCAUCAGUCUGGUGAUCGGCUUGGUGAUUCUUCAGGUGGUUCUGGUUCAGGUCUUCUUCCUUCAGGACAAAAUGUCGCCCACAGAGAAGCAGAAACCUCUGGCUCUCAACAACAGAAAAGCGUUCCACUGCUUCAAUUAUUUCUUCUUUUUCUACAACGUUGUGAUGGGCUUCAGCACCUGCGCACUCAGGCUGCUGUUCAGCCUGGUGGUUGGAACAUGGCUGGUGUCCCGCAUAGACAGAACCAUCAUGCAGAGGGGUUAUGAAACCCUGGACGCUG